AUGUCUCCUUAUCAAUUGGUCUAUGGCAAGGCCUGUCACUUAUCUGUGGAGUUAGAACAUAGAGCUUACUGGGCUACUAAGUUACUGAAUUUUGAUUCCAAGGCAGCAAGAGAGAAGAGGUUCCUCCAACUCAACGGGAUUGAUGAGUUCCAAACCACAACAUAUGAAAAUGCCAAGCUCUACAAGGAGAAAAUGAAGGUAAGGCAUGAUAAGAAGAUUGCCACCAGAACAUUUGAGCCAGGUCAGAAGGUCCUACUCUUUAACUCAAGGCUCAAGAUAUUUCCAGGGAAGUUGAAAUCCUGGUGGUCAGGACCUUUUCUGGUCACUAAAGUCUCUCCCUAUGGUCAUGUGAGAAUCAAUGAAGAAAACUCCGAUAGGAGGUUUAUUGUCAAUGGCCAAAGGUUGAAGCACUAUCUUGGUGGCGAAGUCGAUCGCCAUAGGACUGCUCAUCUGCUUACAUAG